AAGGUUAUCUAAAUCUCUACGCUUGCACAGAAACUUUCUAGUAACUUUCGCUGCUCAGAAACUAAGACGGACUACCCUAAAAUAUUUGGGAAGCUUCGACGUUCGUGGCCAACAACAAUCGGAUAUGAUCUAAGUCAUUAAUGCAAUCGAUCUUAAAGGAUGAAUGUGGACAUCGAUACACAAGUCGUUGUUUCCCUACCCGAAUCCCCUAGCAUUUUGUGCUCUGCCACAAAACUUUCAGAAAAUCGAGAUGAUGGUCAGAAGACAUCUGAUGUUGUGCUGGAACUCAAGGAAAUUCCAUACGCAGACUGUGAUAUAAAAAAUGAUGAUCCCCAUGAAACAGAUGGACUGCUGGAUUCAGAGGGGGCUUGUGCCCUGAUUGAAGAGAACCAUGUUGAGAUUUGCACAGAUGAAGCAGAUCUCAGCCAAUUGUGCCAUGAGUUGAAGAAGAAACGUGGAUCCACUAUUGAUGUGGUCAACUGUGAUGAUACUACUGAAUCAAGCAGUGAUUCUGGUAGUGUGGAUCAAUUGUCUCUUAAGGGACUUACUGGAGGACAUUUGAUCAAUCCCAAGAAUGACGAUGCAGAAGAAGCUACUAUUGAAAUUGAAGAAGACAGUGAAAUGUUUGAUUUCAGAGAGAUUGCAGCUGGGGCGAUGCGUCAUGCUGAAGAAUUAGUUCGACGGAUGAUGCUCACCGUCUCGUGGACUAUUUGCCAUUUUCACGCUUUGCCUAAAUGGUUACAGGAUAACGAUUUUAUCUGGCAGGGCUACCGACCACCACUACCAUCUUUUUGGGAUUGCAUCAAAAGUAUUUUCAGCAUUCACACGGAAACUGGCAAUAUCUGGACCCAUAUGCUUGGUUGCGUCGCCUUUCUGGGGGUUGGUGCAUUUUUCCUGAGCUGUUCCGAGGAGGAGAUACGCAACGAAGACAAAGUUGUCUUUUCGGCUUUUUUCACAGGAGCUUGCGUCUGCCUCGGUCUCUCAACCUGUUUCCACACGUUCCUUUGUCAUUCAGAAUGGGCUGGUCAAUUGUUUAGCAAACUGGACUACGUCGGCAUCGCUUUAUUAAUCAUGGGCUCAUUUGUCCCAUGGCUUUACUACAGCUUUUACUGCGAUUUUUGGCCUCGCAUUGUCUACGUCUGCGUCGAGAUUGUACUCGGUCUGUCAUCGAUCAUCAUUUCACUUUGGCCUCGAUUCGGCGAGCCCAGAUACAGAUUCCUUCGAGCAGGCGUCUUUCUGAGCUUUGGACUGAGUGGAGUGAUUCCUGCUGUACACUAUUCAGUGCAAGAGGGAUGGAUCAAAGCCCUGAAUCAGGCCUCGUUAGGCUGGCUUAUCUUAAUGGGUCUACUCUACAUCAUUGGAACCAUGUUUUACGCCUUGCGGAUCCCCGAACGCUUUUUUCCGGGAAAAUUCGAUAUUUGGUUUCAAAGCCACCAAAUCUUCCACGUUUUCGUGGUUGCCGCAGCCUUCGUUCACUAUCAUGGGAUUUCCGAAAUGGCAAUGCACAGGCUGACUAUAGGUGAAUGCCCGCCACUUGUCAGCGAUUUCCGUAUUUAGUUCAAACAACAAUAAUACAUACAAGUGCGUCAAAACCAACCGUGGUUUAGUGUACCACUAAACUUCCUUUAAAACAAAUGUAGAGCCGUUUUAAAAGGCAACAUUUUCUCCGUUUGAGUAGCUCGUCAUUGUCGUUCGAGAAACCGUCUCAACGUUUUUCCUUUUUUAGCCAUUGCCAUUAACUACUUAAAGCGUCAAGACGUGCAUUGUCUUAAUAAGAUCUGAUUCUAUGGUGUUAGUAUCUUUUAAAACGGCAACUCUGCAUGGAUUUUUGUACAAAGGGGAUUUCAACGUUAUUUUUUUCCCCUCUUUUUAAGAUAUUUGUUUAGCCUCUGGUUGGCGCUAUUCGUGUUAUUUUAGAUCACCCAUUAUUGGUUAACCCAGCACGUAAAAUUCACAACCCUCCCAUUUCAGUUGGUAGUACCUCGGAAUGGGACUUCCGACAGCAAAUACCAUAUCUUUUAAGAGCAUAUGAAAUAUAUAUAUACUAUCAGAAAUACAUGUGUUGAUUACGUGUCAAA